AUGGCCCGAUCACAAGCCCAGGACAUCAUUCGAUGUCAAUACUGCGAGGACGAGCCCGCUGUCUUCCACUGUGUUCCGUGUGGAGAUGAACUCUGUCCUCGAUGUAAAGUCUUUCAUCUUAAAAGUAAAGUUCCGUCCGGACACAACAUCGUCCGUCUGUCUGAAAGACUUCAUCCAACCAAUCAGAUCAAAAUGUGUUACUUUCACACAUCAAAAGCGUACGAAGCUUGUUGUAAAGAUUGCCAAGUCCCGGUCUGUAUUACAUGCAUUAAGGAAGUACACGGCGAACACACCAUCGGGGAGAUACUAGAUCUUUACGAGAAACAAAAGACCGAAACUGCCGAAGAACUGACAAAGAUGAAGACACAGUUGAAGUCGGAGAUUAUUCAGAGAAUAAAAGAUUUCAAAAGAGGAGAAAAUGAAAUAAAGAGCGGCCAUGAGAACGUACGAGAGAAAAUGAAGAAACAAGCUCAGGAUCUAAUAGAUCAUAUCAGAGUCAUUCUAAAGGAAGCCUUACAGGAAUCUGAGAAGGAUGAGAGAAAAAAUAGAGAGGAAAUAUCCCAACAUAAAGCAGAGGCUGACAAAUUUGAACAAAACUUGGAUCAGAUGAUAGAGAAAUUUGAAACUCUCACAGAGUCAAGUCAUCCCGCCGAAUUAAUUUUGUUUAGAAAACAAAAUCCUGGUAUAUUUCAGCAAUUGAAACUUCCAGACAAACUUAAUAUUGUUAUGCCCUCUUUCACAGUUGGUCAAAUUAAGAAAUCUCAAAAUGAGCAACAGUUUGGCAAGUUCAUGACAGGUGACGUUAAACAUGUUAAAUCACUCGUUAAAAGCUCACAAUCUAAACGGCCAACUUUGCCAGCAAAGAGAAACACAUCCAACAAAACAGUACUGGGUCGUUCAGAUAAAAUAAGUGAAACAAAACCUCAAAAGAGAGAAUUAUAUCACUUGAGUUGUCGUGAUGAGAGAUCAGCUUACAUCAGUGGUAAAGGUCCUGGAAUACAACUGAUAGACAGGUCAGGGACAGAGCUGGAUAACAUCAGUACUGACGAUCAACCAGAUGGUUUGGCUGUGAUGCAGGACGGAAGUCUGAUUUAUUCUGACUUUUUCGAUCAAGUUAUCUAUAGAGUGUCACUCAACAAACAGAAAACUAAACUUAUAAAUACUGAGUAUUAUGCUACAGGACUGUGUUGUACCAGGUCAGGUGAUAUCCUGGUCUGUAUGGCUGAGACCUUGUUUCAUACAGCGAGAGUGGUAAGGUACAGCAGCAGUGGGAGGAAAACCCAGGAAUUCCAGACAGAUCAGACCGGGGAAAGUCUUUUUAUGAAUCCAAAGUUUGUCUGUGAGAAUAUUAACGACGAUAUCUGUGUUUCUGAUUGGAAGUUAUGUAAAGUGGUCGUGCUGAACAAGGUAGGAGGUCUUAGAUUUAAAUAUGACGGAAAUGUUCCGUCAAGGAGGUUAAAAGCCACUUUUAAUCCCCGUUGGGUGGCUACCGACAGUCUGGGUCACAUCCUUAUCGCAGACAGAGACAAUGACGCCGUACACCUGAUCAGCCAGGACGGGAACUUCCUGUCUUACAUCCUGACAGAGGAUGAUGGGAUAUCACGACCAUGGGGGAUCUCUGUGGACACGUCUGACAACCUGUGGAUGGUAGAACAAGACAAAGCCUGUGUUAAAGUGUAUCAGUAUCUGUCAUAA